AUGUUAUCAUUAUCAUCAAGUGCUUUUAAUCUGACUAAAGUACAAUUGAAUAAAUUUCGUGAAACUCGUCAUAAUUCAACAUUUUAUCAAGAUUUAUUGAAAACUGAAAUAGCGUCAGAUCAUGAAGGAAAACAAUUGUUUGAAAAUAAAAAAACUCAUUUUUCCUCUAUACCUUCACGAAACAAUAUUGUUUAUAUAUCAAAUAAUGAAUCAAUAAUAGAUCAUAAAUUGAACUCAAUUGAAAAUAAAACUUUCAAUCAAAAUCAAAAUGAUGAAAACAUAAUUAAACCAUUAUUCAAUCAUCUACAUCGAUCAAUUCCUAAACAUUUACGAUCUCGAGAAUUAAAUACAAAAGAAUGGUUUUAUACAGAAAGUAAUGAUAUUUUAUUUGAUUAA